AUCAGAUGAAGCGAUAACCACUCAGAGCCAACUAUCUCAGCGUGGAGCCUUGUAAGUUUGACAGCUACAGCCAGCUAUUAUCAGAAAUUUAUCAGACAGAAACAGUAGUUUGGAAAUAAAAACUUGACAACUGUUGAAAACGUCUUUAUUUCUGAAAGCGAAGGCGGUUACAGUUUGAUUGACAGCGCUUUCUAUACUCCUCCCCCCGAGGCGCUUAAAUGACAGGCGCGCGCGUGUGAGCUCGCGCUUACGCCAGAACAGAGAGGGAUGCUGUAGAGCAGCUCAACUUCCACCAGCGAGAUUUAUUGUGUUUAAUUUAUCAUUCGUGCCUCAACCAUGAAGACCAUACUUGCUGCAUAUUCCGGUGUCAAAAAGGGCUCAGGCUCCAGCAUCCUCUCUGCCUUACAUGACCUGCCGUCCGUCCCCUGGCUGACACGAUCCAAGAUCGUGAAACAUCUGCAGGUGAUCUCCGUCCUGCAGUUUGUCAUCACAUUUCUUGCUAUGGGAAUUGGCUGCUCUUUGCUGCUGAUGUACAUGUUUUGCACAGACUUCUGGGUAAUUGCCGCCGUUUACACUGCCUGGCUCAUCUAUGACUGGAACACCCCAAAACAAGGAGGCCGCAGAUCGAGCUGGGUGAGAAACUGGACAGUCUGGACAUACUUUAGAGACUAUUUUCCCAUAAGACUCAUCAAGACGAAUAACCUGCUUCCUAGCCGAAACUACAUUUUUGGCUACCAUCCUCAUGGCAUCUUCUGUUUUGGUGGUUUUUGUAACUUUGGGACAGAGGCCACAGGAUUCUCCAAGAUGUUCCCCGGAAUUAAGCCAUCUCUUGCCACAUUGGCUGGAAACUUCCGCUUGCCAGUGUUUAGGGAUUACCUGAUGUCUGGAGGUAUCUGCCCAGUAAAUCAAAACUCCAUUGACUACCUCCUGUCUAGUAACGGUACAGGCAACGCUGUGGUCAUCGUGAUCGGAGGGGCUGCAGAAUCUCUGGACUGUGCCCCAGGGAUGAACUCCGUCACGCUGAAAAAACGCAAAGGCUUUGUGAAACUGGCCCUUAAGCAAGGUGCUGAUCUGGUGCCCGUCUACUCGUUUGGUGAGAAUGAGGUGUACAAACAGCUGAUUUUUGAUGAUGGUUCUUGGUGGCGUACGGUUCAAAAGAGGCUUCAGAAGAUUUUAGGCUUUGCCCCGUGCCUGUUUCAUGGCUGUGGACUGUUCUUCCCAGAGUCAUGGGGUUUUGUACCUUACUGCAGACCCAUCACUACUGUUGUUGGUGAACCCAUCACAGUUCCAAAAAUUGAGGAGCCGAGUCAGGAAGUCAUAGAUAUGUACCAUGCCAUGUACAUCAGGUCCCUUAAGUCUCUCUUUGACAAUUACAAGACUCGUUUUGGUCUAAAUGAGAGUGACACCCUUCUAAUUCAAUGAAAGAAAGCAUUGAGGAAUAAUAAUAACUUUAUAAAAGAACACUCUGGAACAUCUGCCUCCCAACCAAAGUGCCUGUUCAGAGAAGGUGAAAGAAAUCAAUACGGUUUCUGUUCAUUCAAUACUGUAUACUGUGCUGAAUGUACUGUACUACAUGGGAUGCAGGGAACCUAGCCUGUGUCACUUCUGCUCAUCGCCACUGGGUGGCAAUCCGCAAUAAAUACUGUACUUCGCAGACUGCUGCCAAGUAUAAUCUAGAUUUCUCAGCUGGUGGACAUAUAUUUCUCAAUAUAUGGCAAUAUAUAUAUUACAAGUAAUGUAUUUAAUUAAAAUUCUGUACUAGAUAUAAGUGUUUGCCCCAUUAUAUUAUUUUUAAUGCACAAGCAAUGCAAUUAUUGGGAGUUUUGCCCUACUAAAAAUCCAAAGGGUGGUUGUGUAACCAAAGAGUAGAGGUUGAUUUUGGCCUUCUGUUAUAUAGAAACUAACCAAAAAGGAAAAUUGUGAUUCAGUUGUUGGAAUAAUAAGUUGGAAUAAAAGACAGGAUAUGAUGCUUUUAAGAAAGUGAUCCCAUUUGAUCAUAGCUUGGAGGUAAAAGAGGAGGUAAAAGUGAAUUUUAGAAGGUAAAGAUGAUAAUGAAUACCUGUAAAUGUGUGAUGGUACAGUAUUAUCAGAAUACUAAUGAAUGCUGGUCAUUUUUCUGUAACACUAUUGAUAAUUUACCACAGAAGUAUUAAUUUUGCAUAUAUAAGUUUGCACAUACAUUUUGCAGCCUUCAAAUAAGAUCAGUUUUCACCAUGUAGCCUUACAUGACAUCAACAUUUUGUCCCAGUUACAAGUAUCAGGCCUUUAUUUCAAAAGCAAAUGCUGGAGAGACAUGUGUUUGCAUGCCAAAUCAAACAAGCCUUUUUUUUUGAAUAGCAAUUAACCUGAAUUCAAGUGCCAAAAUGUUUUACAUGUAUGCAAUCAUAUUUAACCUGAGAGAAUAAAGUUUUUAUAGUGAUUGUGUAUUUAAAUGUUUUCAUGGGACCUGCAGCUCUUGAUUGGUGGAUAAUAAGCAAUUACAUGCUGACAUUUAACCAAGGAUUGUGACAUAUCGCCUUUUAAGUUGUGAAUAUGCAAUAAAUGCUGCAGUGUCCAUCCUUAUAUCAGCCUUCAUUGAUGUCCAUGAAAUCCCGAUUCUUUAAACUUUUGUAUAUUUUCAGAAUAAACAUUUAUGGAAAAUUA